UCCUAAUCUAAGUAUCUACAUACUUAUGUCAUCAAUCUGAUGUUUAUAUCUAAUUUUAACCAAGACUUUAACUGUACUGAAAUAAGUAUAAACUGCAUGUUUUUGUUACGCCUUACGCGUACCUUACACAGUAGGUAAUUGCGAAAAACGGACAAGACAACUAUUGCAACAUGUCCACUACAAAUGCGCUGUUGGUUAAUAUGGCUACUAUGCCGCCAUUUUGAAACGAGCGGCACACAAUGCGGAAAUGCAGUCGGCGGCUGCAACAUUUUCUUACGAUCGGGUAAGCGAGUUUCUCGGCUGGAGGUGUGCGAACCAACAAUAUCUACUACAAGCCAUAAGCGGCGUAGCCACGGCGGGUGAAGUACGUGGCGAUCCGCGCUCUAGGUGAAAUUCCAAUCGCAGGAUUUAAAAACGAAAGAGGAAACAUUAUAGAAGUUUGUUUGUGGUUUAUCGUUUUGGCGCGAACCAUAUACGCGCCUUAAAAGUGGCAGUGACUUUUUGAUUUUUAUUUUAUUUCUUUUUUUUUACAUACACAUACCACACUUGUGUUGUUGUGACAUUUUUUUUCAAAAAAAUACCCUCGACUUGGAUUUUACUAGGAAGAUCGCGAUAAAAAUGGAGAAGCCAACUGAUUUGAGAUCAGAAAGAGUGAAGCAGAUGUUCAGUUGGACUACGGGAGAGACCUCGCCUUCGUCGCCAGUGAGCGACGAGAAGGAGUCAAAAAUGAGCCAGAUACAAUUCUCACCACCAUUCGACAAACAAGAGAGCACGGUGUGGCAGAAGCGACAGCAGGCGGUGUGCGUGCGACACGCGUUCAAGCACUACGGCUCCAAGAAACGGCCUAACCAUGUGCUCAGCAACUUGAACAUGACAGUUUCCAAAGGCAUGAUAUACGGCUUGCUUGGAGCGUCUGGCUGCGGGAAGACCACACUACUGUCCUGCAUCGUGGGGCGACGGUCGCUCAACAGCGGCGAGAUUUGGGUUCUUGGUGGCAAACCAGGGACUAAAGGUUCUGGUGUACCCGGCAAGCGCGUGGGCUACAUGCCGCAGGAGAUAGCUUUGUACGGAGAGUUCACCAUCAAGGAGACCAUGAUGUACUUCGGCUGGAUCUUUGGCAUGGAGACCAGGGAGAUCGCCGAGCGGCUCAGGUUCCUGCUGGACUUCCUCGAUUUGCCCAGCGAGAACAGAAUGGUGAAGAACCUAAGCGGUGGCCAGCAGCGUCGCGUGUCGUUCGCCGUGGCUCUCAUGCACGACCCGGAGCUAUUGAUCCUGGACGAGCCCACUGUGGGCGUGGACCCGCUGUUGCGUCAGUCAAUCUGGAUGCACCUGGUGCGCAUCACCAGCUCAGGGGACAAGACGGUCAUCAUCACCACUCACUACAUCGAAGAGGCGCGCCAGGCGCAUUGUAUCGGUCUGAUGAGGAGCGGAAAGCUGCUGGCCGAGGAGUCACCUCAGGCGCUGCUCACCAUGUACAACUGCAUUUCGCUGGAAGACGUGUUCCUUAAGCUGUCCAGGAAGCAAGCCGGCCAGAACAGUGCCGUUGUCGAGUUGAACGUGUCCGGCGGCGGCCUCGGGCUAAACAAGAUGUCGAAGCGGGAGGAGGCUCCUUACGCGGCGGAGGACGAGCACGUGGUUGGGCUCAACUUCCAGGCCAUCAACCAGAGCAAAGAGGUGCUCAUCGUGGAGAAUGGGGUAGCCUCCAACGGAGAUCUGCCCGGCAAGGUGACGGAAGCGGUAACAAAUGAGUGCAACGACUGUGGAGACUGCUUUAACCUAACAUCACGCGGGAAGAUAAAGGCCCUAAUCCAGAAGAACUUCCUGCGGAUGUGGCGCAACAUCGGCGUGAUGCUGUUUAUCUUCGUGCUGCCCGUCAUGCAGGUCAUCCUGUUCUGUCUGGCCAUAGGGAGGGACCCAACUGAACUGAAACUGGCUAUAGUGAACGAUGACGCGCAACUAGUGAACGGGGAAUGCAUGUUCAACUCGUCUUGCUCAAUGAAGAACUUGUCGUGUCGCUACCUCAGUCAUCUCACGGAUCACACUCGCCAGAUUCACUACGCCAAUCUCAGCGCUGCGCAAGAUGCCGUGAAGCAAGGACACGCCUGGGGAGUGCUGUUCUUCAACGAGAACUACACCGAUUCACUUGUGGCGAGACUUGCGUUAGCCGACACCGCUGAUGAGGAGACGGUGCAUCUGUCGGACAUCCAGGUGUGGCUCGACAUGUCAAAUCAGCAGAUCGGACUCAUGCUCAACCGCGACAUACAGUACGCGUACAGGGACUUCGCUCAGGAUCUGCUAGAUCGAUGCAAGUAUAACCCGAAACUGGGCGACAUCCCCAUCGAGUUUUUGGACCCCAUCUACGGCAACAAGGACCCCUCGUUCACGGACUUCGUCGCCCCUGGUGUUAUUCUCACGAUCGUGUUCUUCCUCGCCGUCGCUCUUACCUCAUCGGCUUUAAUCGUGGAGCGUAUGGAAGGUCUCCUGGACCGUUCUUGGGUAGCAGGCGUCUCCCCUGGCGAGAUCCUAUUCUCCCAUGUGGUCACGCAGUUCGUAGUGAUGUGCGGUCAGACUGCGCUCGUGUUACUCUUCAUGAUCCUCGUGUUCGGCGUGGAGAACAAUGGCAACAUCGCCUACGUGAUCAUGCUCACCAUACUGCAGGGUCUAUGCGGCAUGUGCUUCGGCUUCGUGAUAUCGGCGGCGUGCGAGCUGGAACGGAACGCUAUCCAAUUGGCUCUAGGAUCUUUCUAUCCGACACUGCUUCUCAGCGGUGUCAUUUGGCCCAUCGAAGGAAUGCCUCUAGUUCUUCGCUACGUAUCGCUCUGUCUCCCACUCACACUCGCUACUAACAGCCUGAGGUCUAUUCUUACGCGCGGUUGGCCUAUAACCGACCCCGACGUUUAUAUGGGCUUCGUAGCCACCCUCAUAUGGAUCGCCGUCUUUUUAACGCUCACACUCACUAUACUGAAAGUAAAGAAGAACUAAACGCUUUCCGUGAAAAAAUAAAAAUAAAACGAUACCAAGGAAGGUGUAAAAGACUAAGCCACGUUCCAUUUUCAAACAGACGUAGACGUUUCAAAUACGAUAAAGGCCGCUUAACGAUUAUAACCAAACACUUGUAAGAAAGCCGAAAAAAAAACCAAUUAUGAGCCGUUUCCAUUUUUUAUAGUAUACCCAACCGAUACAACACCCCCCAUUUUGAAGGUAAAGAUAAGCAUUCUGAGAUGAACUAAGCUGUGUACCGUUUUAAGCAAAGAAUCAAUGGAAACCUAACUGUAUGCCACAAUAUCCUUUAAACAGCUCUAUUCAGAAAUGAGAAAUUCAUUCACCCCUUUGUAAAAUAUAUCGAGCUAUGACCUGAUCAUUUUUUUCUAUAAAGGAAUCUGCUUUUCACGAUUAUACAUAAAUUGACUUUCAACGGCACAGGAAUUAUGUAUAAUGUGCGUUAAAAAUCCAGUUCACGUUUAGCUAACGCGACCCAUGUUCGAAUUUCAAAUAUUUCCGGAAAACGGCUUUUACUCUGGUUUGUGAUUUGUUUUAGUUAUGGCAGCAAUUAAGAGAUCUUUAUAACAUAUGAGAUCUUAUAAUAACAUUUUCAAUACACAAAAACGAACAAAUGCUGCUAAUUUGUAAAGUUUUAUUAUUGUUAUUUGUUUAGAGCGCACUUAAUAUGUAUAUUCAAUGAAUUCAAUGAUCGAAUACAAUACCUCUUUUGGCCGUUUGAUGGCAAGCAAAAGAAUGUAUAAAAACUAAUUUUAUCGAAAAAGUCGAAGACAAUGUGUACACGUAAUUUUAUUUUCGUGUAAAAUUCUUGUGUACAUUGUUUAGUGAAAUCUCCUGAAUAUUGUCGUGUCUUAAAAAUUGGAAACAGUACAUUCCCCAUUGCGAAAUUCAGGGGUUGCCAGAUAACCAAAAAAGAUGGAGCUUUAGAAACUGUCUGCAGAUUUUUGAAAAUUAAAACCUACCUUUCUACUAUUUUGCUACCUGGCAACCCGGUCCUUAAGUCUGCCUAAGCAUAUCAGUCUUUGCUCAAACCGCUAUGAACAAGUAGAAUAUUAUCUUACAUAUAGCUAAAUGACUGUUAGUCGAACUGUAAAUAGUAGUUUUUUAUUUAUAUUAAGUGAAUAUAAAGUACACGUGUACUUGUUAAGGUGGAUUAUUCGGGAAUGUUAGCAAUAAUGAUUGGUCGAACGCUUAGGGUAUUACUUUCAUAGACUUCUGGUAAAGGCGUAAGUUUUACGAGAUACCUGUUAAUUGAGUUACCAUAGAUUAAGAUGGUGCCAUAGUGAUGGUGAUUUUUUGAACUGUCUAAAACAUGUGAAUAGAUAAACUUUAAUUUUCAAUGCGCAUAUUUUAUAAAACGCUCAAAGUGUACUUAAAUAAUUUAAAUUUGCCACUUUUUCAGUUUGUGUCUAAGCAGUAAUCUAAAACUUAUGCAUAGGAAGUAAUGCUACUUAAAAAUAUACUGCUUCAUAUAUGUGAAAUAUGAAAAAGUGGAUGCUUGUUUUUUUUAUAUUUGACCGAAUAAACACCGAUACUGGCAAAAAAAAGUAUUGCCAGUAAAUAAAAACAUUUAUUGUUAUUUUGGUAAGAAUAAAUGAGAAGAAUUGAAUUGAUUUUACGCCAUCUAUUAAGAACUUUGAAAUCUUGUUUUAUUUAUUUGGAACAAUGAAAUUGUCACUAUUGGUCAUGUCUUUUUUUUAUUUUAUAUGUUCAGGACCGUAUGAUAAGCUUAAUCAAUAUAUUUUAUUAAUACUUAAUAUGAAAUUUAGCAAUAAUCAAUGACGGCUCAAUUGAAGUGACAGCUUUAAUAUUGCAAUAAUUAUGUUAAAAAAAUCACAAUUUAUUUAUCUAAAAUAUUGAAUAAAGCAUACGGUUUUGGGCAUGUCUUAUUAUCUAAUUUAAUUAUGUACAGUAAGUAAGGGCAUGUGUUUCUUGGAUGUAGUAAUCUGUCUUUAAUUUUAAGUAAUCAUCAUGUUAAUUAGAUAGAGAUAUAAGUAUACGCUAUCCUUGUCGUAAUAGCAUGGUGCGUAAUGACACUAUUUACUAAGAUCUAGAUUUUACUAAACGAAUCACGUGAAUUCUUUAUAACUUUUGAUGACUUAACCAGGUUAUCAUUUCAGCAACUUAUUUUUUUUAUAAUAUUAUAAAAUCGUAUGUAGUUAAUAUUGAAAAUUAAAAUUUAAGUAUAAUAAAUAUUAUUAUUGCUGGGCAAAUAAAAUAUAUAUUUCAAAUUAUCGUUGAAGUCAUUUAAUAAUUAUAAUUUAUCAUUAUUUAGAAACACAUUUAUUUUCGAUUAUCGAUGUAAGUAUUUAUUGGAAUUGUUUAUUUUUUAUUUCAAAAUAAAACAUAAAAUUUAAAUAUAUAUGAAUUCACGUUUGUACAUGUGUGUAGUUAUAAAAGUGUCAGACUGUGAUUAUUUUUGCUAACAUUGACAUAUUUUUAUAAUAAAAUGACAAUUAUACGAUAAUACUUGUACCA